AUGCAUAAUAUCAAUAUUAUUGAGGCAGCUUUACAGGAAAUUGAAAAUGAAAGAGAGAGAAAUGCUAUGCAGCAUAAUAAGAGCGAUGAAGAACCAGAAUUUCAAUUAUUGAGUGAUGAAGAACCAGAAUUUCAAUUAUUGAGCGAUGAAGAACCAGAAUUUCAAUUUGAUGAAGAACCAGAAUUUCAAUUAUUGAUUGAUGGGGAACAAGUGCUUCAAGAAUUAAGUGACAAGGAACAAGAAGAAUGA